AUGGCGCCGACUUCAUCGCCAUCUUCACCGUCAACAGCGCCAGAGAAAAGGCUGCACCCCUUUCUCGCGCGUCUAGAACACAUGACGUUCGCAUGGUUCACCUCGUGCAUGUCUCUGGGCGGGAUGGCCAACCUGUUCAUGGCGAAAAUCAUCGACUCUUCCGGUCUGUACUACCUGGGGAUCGCGCUCUUCUUUGUCAACAUUGCCUACCUGCUCGUCCUCAUCACGCUCCAAAUCGUCCGCUAUGCCUGCACUCCCGCUUCGUUCAGCUACACACUCACGCACCCGAUCGAAUGUUGUUUCGUGCCCACGGCGCUUCUUGCAUACGCCACGGUCAUCAACGGCUUCGCGUCACUCGUCGCCCACAACGAGAACUCCGCCGGAUGGGGGUUGUUCCUGAGGAUAGCGUUCUGGGUGUAUUUUGCGGCGAGCUUUAUCAUCUCGCUCGUGUGCUACACGUGCCUAUUCGCACGAGCCGAGCAGAGCCUGCACGAUAUGAGCCCGGCGUGGGUCCUGCCGGUCUUCCCGCUGAUGCUGUGUGGCAGUGUGGCGAGUGCGGUGGUUCCCUCACAGCACGAGCUAGGGGGGCUCUUGAUUUCCAUCUGCGGCUUGACGUGUCAGGGGCUGGGGUUUACGGUUUCUUGCAUGAUGUACGCCGUGCUACUGCUCAGGCUCAUGACGGCGAGCUUCCCACCACCCCGCGCGAGGCCCGGUCUGUUCAUGAACUGCGGCCCGCCCGCGUUUACCAUCCUGUGCCUUAUGGGCCUCUCGGAGGAAAUGCAGCGCAUCCUCCCCGCACUACCCACGCCUUUGCCGUUGCCAGCCACAGCGUACGAGACGCUCAGCAUCGUCGCCCUCGCCUCGUCGAUCCUGCUGUGGCUCAUCUCAGCAUGGUUCUACUUGCUCACUGUCUCGUCACUCAUCCACGUCGCAACGGAUGCAAAGUUGAGGGGCGAGAUGGAGUUCAUCCUGGCUUGGUGGGCGUGCGUGUUCCCGAUUACCGGGUUUGCCAUGGCGACCUACGAGAUCGGCGAGGCGCUGGCGAGCGGCGUGGUCAAAGGUGUCGCGCAGGGCAUCGUGAUCUGGUUGAUCGUCGUCUUCGUCGGCGUGGCGGUGAUGCAUGUUAGAGCGGUCUGGAUCGGUGGAAUCAUGGCCGAGGGGAGGGAUGAGGAUCGGGUGAUUGAAACGAUGUAUCAUCGGGCCGAGUUCGGUGGCCGCGGUGGUGAGGGUGGUGGCCAUGGCGCCGACGGUGCGGAUCUGGAGAAGGCCGGGCACUGCGAGCUUGCAGCAUCGCACCAGCACCCCAAGGGACAACGAGUCAACCAACUCGAGGCAAACAGUCCCUACUCGAACCCUCCUACCUAUCCUUGCACUCCGGCUGUCUCGGUCAGCAGACUAGACACCAAAAAGCACCCAGAGCACAAGCAGAAGCGCCACGACGACGACAACGACGACAACGACGACAACGACGAUGCCGAUUGUGAUGUGGCCAAGAUGCAGCCUCUGCCACCUUGCUCUUGUUCGGCGCCAUCGCCGUCUUCGUCGGCACACACCACUCCAUGGUCGUCUCAGCUUCGAAUGACGCGCCUCAGCUCGUCGCCUUGA